AUGACUGUCGAAAGUCUUGACGUUACUACAGGUGAAUUACUUACCAUUUCAUAUAUCCAAAUAUCAUGGAUUGACGAAUUUCUUGUCUGGAAUCCCACAGAAUACGGAGGAAUUACAAAGUUGUCUAUAUCUUAUGACAAACUGUGGAUCCCAUCUUUGUCCCUGUCAAAUGGAGCUCUCAAGGAAAAUACAGGGCAGGUUAUAAACCCAGGUUUUGCACCAGUCAAAGUACUACCUACUGGGUUCGUUUUACUUGUUACAAGCGGUUAUUAUCUGACAAAGUGUGACAUUGACACUAGAUUUUAUCCUUUCGACGAACACGUGUGUAGUUUUAUCUUUUUUUCUGCUUUACAUGAUACAACCGAAAUGGAAAUAAAUUCUCAUUUGUCAGAUUUUGCACUCGGUAUGUUUCAAGAAAAUUAUAUAUGGUACCAUACGCAGACAGAAUAUAAGAAGUUCACAAGUUCAACAGAAGGCACCGGCUUCUCUUUAAGUAGUGUUCAGUUUAUUAUCACUUUGAAAAGGAGACCUACAUUUGAAUUGAUCAACAGUUACAUUCCAAUUCUGCUUUUAACGGUUUUGAACAUAACGACAAAUUUUGUUCCUGCAAAUUCCGGAGAGCGUCUUUCAUUCGCAAUAACACUUUAUUUGUCAUUUAUAUUUAUCACUACUGCGCACGUUGACGAAAUGCCUCAUGUAUCCGUCAAUAUCGCCUUUUCGUCGUAUGUAAUGCUUUCCUUGAACGCUCUCAAUACUGCAAAUGUACUUUGGAGUGUGCUUAUGGUGCGAAUGUCACGAUGGCAUACAUGUAAAGUACAAAUUUCAGGGACACUUAAGAUACUAGUUGACUGGUACCACAAAGAAAAGGGGCGUAGGAAAGUGAAAGUUCAUCCGAAUGAAUCCGACUCCGUCAUUGAAGAUCUUGAUCAACGUUCUGAAAGGAAAGAACCACAGGAAAAGGGAAGUGCGAGUAAUGCUGAAAUCGGAGACGAAAUUGAUUCGCUUACAUGGUUAGACGUGGCAGACGUUCUUGAUAAAGUUUAUUCCACAAUAAUAACUGUUUUAGUAGCAGGUGUUAUCUUAGCUAUGGUUUGUUUGUGGGUGUUGUCUUGA